CCGGAGGCGGCGCCCAUGGCGACGGCCGGCGCCGUGCUGCUCGUGUUCGUGCUGGCGCCCGUCAUCCUGUGCGGCAACGCGCUGGUGCUCGCCGCCGUGUACCGCUACAAGCGGCUGCGCACGCCCUCCAACUACCUGCUGUCGUCGCUGGCCGCGUCCGACCUGGGCACCGGGGUGUUCCUGCCGCUCGGCAUGUACCUGGAGCUGUCCGGCGGCCCGGGCGCCGCCACCUCGCUGUGCCUGGCGCCCUACUGCGUCGCCAUCUGCCUCUGCAGCGCCUCCGUGCUCGUCAUGGCAGCCAUCGCGGUGGACCGCUUCACCUCGCUGGCGCAGCCGCUGCGCUACAACAACCUCAUCACGCACACGUCCGUCGAGCGCUACCUGGUCGCCUUCUGGCUGUACGCCCUGGCCGUCGGCUUCUCGCCCCUCGUCUACAACGAGUGCUUCGCGCAGCCCAGGAAUCACGGCUGCUCGUUCCUGUCGCUGGUCGACGCGCCGGUGCAGCUGUUCCUGUUCUGCACGGUGUACGGCCCGAGCGCCGUGGUGCUGCUCGCCUGCUACUGCUACGUGUACGUGGUGGCGCGCAGCCACGCGCGCGCCAUCUACUCGGUGGAGCUGUCACUGCGCCAGCACCACGACUCUCACUCGCGCUACGGCCUCACGCUCGCCAUCACCGUGGGGCUCUUCCUCUGUCUCUGGCUGCCCUUCCAGGUGUGCAUGCUGCUCGACGUGUUCCGCGGCUCGAACCUCCUGCGCAGCUGGUCGGGCAUCUACCUGUCGCUGCCCAUCUUCGCGAGCAGCGCCCUCAACCCCUGGGUGUACGGCUACCGCAACUCGGAGGUGCGGCUGUCGGUGCAGCGGCUGCUCGACGACCUGCUGUCCCGCCUGGGGUUCGCCUCGCCGCGUUACAACUGCCCGGACCUGCUCACCACCAACUACGACCACGCCGAGAUGAACAGCUUCGCGUCCAACGUCCGCCUGUGCGCCGUCUCGCCCAACAGGACUACCCUGCUGCUGUUGCCGUCGAGGAACGAGACGGCCGAAGGCGAGCACACCCAGGAGUUGGACUGAUCUCUCGGCCACGACCUUGUGUUGUGGCCAGGGCUAUUCGUAACACCACGCAAGAUUCAGAAACAUUUUGCUGUUUCUGUGGCUACUAAUGAAGACAUUAGUGUUGAACCUCCUUCUUUGCCAUCGAGGAACGAGAUGGUGAAGGUGAGUAGUAGGAAUGAACCUCAUUCCCCUUCAUCAUCUGAAUGCCCAGCCACUACCUUGUGUCGUGCCAAAGACUCCUCACACAACACAUUUGACUUUCAGUAAUAUUUUCCAAAAUUUAACUUUACUUUAGUGAAACAUUGUAAUGAAUCUUCAAUGUUACAGUAACACAUCUGAAAGAUAAGUGCUGUAUGGGGCUUAGUUUGAUAGUGAACAGCUUAGUAUUGAACCUCUUGCUGUCCGUCUAGGACAAGUAGUAGACAGAAAUCAAUUGUCGCUAUAUUUCUGAUCGGUUUUAUACACAGCUGUAAGCUACUUUUCAAUAAUAUCUUUUCAUCCAAAAUCCUACAAAUUACUUUGAAGAUUGGCAUACACGUGUUACAACUCCAGGUCUUCCAAACAUAACCUUACAUCACACCAAGGACUUCUGGUUGUUGGUUGGUUUGUAGGAUAGGUACUAGACUUUUCAAUGAACACGUAUACAGCCAAAUGCCAGUAACGUAAGAGGGUGAUCAUUGCAAUUGUGGUUAAAAUGUAAGCCAGUAUUCUAAAAUGGAAAUGGUUUUAAAUCAACAGAGCACCCUAAAAAAAACUAAGGUGUUAAAUUUACUUAAAAUCACCUAAUUAUAAUUUAUCUUGAAUAUUUUACAGCAAUAAAUAGGAAGAAAUCUGUAUGGAGCGUGAAAUACAGUACUAUUUUAUUGCUUUAGAGUUAAAACAUUGCUUGUACCCGAUAAACAGAGGUAAGGUAUGGCGAUUGACCAAUAAAACAAUGUCAUCUAAUAUAUUGCAUGUAACCUUUAUGAAUCAUAAAGAAAGAUACUCAGUUUUAGAUUUAGUUGUUCUGACAACUAAUUUAUUGUUCACAAUUCUGAAUCAUCCCCACACCCUCUACUUCCUUUAAUCCAAAAUGCAUCAAUCACAUCAAUCAGCCAGUCUUCCACUGCUUUCACUAGUGAUUGCCACUUUACCACUCACACAUGCUGGUUAAUUCUUUCAUUGCUAACUAGCAUGUAAUUUGAAUUAUUUUGACAUGUCAGUCAGAAAGUCAGGAGUUUGCUAUGCUCCCACAGAUGCUCAGCUGCUAUUGUCACCAACAAGUCACGCUUUUUUGGGAAGGGUCAUGGGUUAAACCAAAGCUCCACGACACAACCCAAAUUUAUGAGCAUUGAGUAUGUACCCAACUGUUUCACAACUCACUAUAACAGGUUAUAAGUCCUGUAGCCUUAUGGCUGUUCACAUAACCUUAUGGCAUAAAACCCUGCUGAAUUAUAAUAGUUGGAACCCCGCCAUCUCCGUGGAGAGAUAAAGCAGACUGAUCAGCGCACACUUGACAGAAUGAUUCUCUGAUGACAGCAAUCAGGGUACAGAAGCAGCACAGAACUCAAAAUUCAAACCCUAAAAAUUUUUUUCCUGUCUGGGGAACUCUUCGACCCAGUUGGGAAUUGUACCGAGAAAUUGGGUGAAUAUAGUCUAAGAGGUCAUGAGGGACAAAAUAUUUCCAAAACAUUAAAUGUACAGCUGUACUUUUUAAUAUAGAGAUAUCAUAACAGUAUUUUUUUAUUUCUGUAAAUGUUUAAGUCUUUUAAACUAUAUAGACAACGUAAUUAUUUAUGUUUAGGUUGGCAACAAAAGAAUCAGCUCUUUAUAGUAGCCAUUUGUAUAACUUGAACAUUGUUUGUUAAUUUGAGCAGGUGGUUUAGCACAUCUUUUUGAUGAAUGCAUUGUAGAUUUUAUUUAUUGUUUGGUGUCUCUCAACUUCUGCCCUUCGAUCUCCAUGUCCAAACGAAUGGGAACUAACACCUCCACUUGGGAAGCAUUUUCAAGAAUGGAGUUUGGGUCAGUGUCGUCAAAACUGCAGAAAGGGAGGUUCGGGCCACCCUGAGAUUCUCCACUCCUCCCGGAAUCUACGCAUGCAGCUGGAAUUAAUUUUUAGCCGAGUACUUCAUUUGGUGCUGUAUUUAGGCUGUCAAAGAAGAUACGAAAUAUGGCUGCUUUGAUAAUUGACAACCCCUUUUUAUUGUAAAAUAGUACCCUUCUACAACGAAAUCCCUAAAUAUACCACCACUACUGUUGGGGAUUUUCUAUACAAACUAUCAAAAUAAUUUCGGUUUCGUCACUGUCACUAGCUGUUAUUGUAUCAUACGAAAACAUGUAUGUUUUGUGUAUUAAUUUACGGUAUUCAUCUCUGUCAUGUAUGUUGCCUACAUCGAUAGGUAUUCUUUGGCAGCUCGAUGUGGAAACAUUAGAACACGUUUGCGCUAACACGACUUAUUUUUACAUAAGAGUGACAUUGCGCACUGAAAAAAGUUGCAGGUCAGUAACGCAAUACGUAUUGGUAAAAAUAUUACAUAGUUUGAACAUUUUCUGGAGCACAACAUUCACUUUGGGUAGUGCUAAGCUACUUGAUAGGUACACUUUAACUGCUUUAAAAGUGGUAACUUAAAAAAAUUGGUUGUCUGUAAAGUUGGUUUACGGACGAUAGUUUAACGUGACAACGUCAUAACAAAACAUUGAUGAAUAUGAUUGCAUACUUUUAUGAAUAAAAUUGAAUCAUUUUUAUUUUAAUAAUAAAACAAUAAAUACUUGAAAUUAUACUAGUAAUCAGAUUUUUAAAAUGCAAGAAUAAUCAACCUUUAUUGCCGAAAUUGUUGUUGUAAUAAGCAAUGAAAACCACAUUAACUUUUCACUUCACUUUAUAUACAGUCGACGAAACAGUUCACGUGUAGAUGACUUGUAAUUAAUUUUAAAAACUGGCGUUUAGCUAAUAAGUUUAAAUAUAAUUAUGAACAAGUUUUCAUAUAAAAAAUUGGUUGUCUGUAAAGUCGGUUUACGGGCGAUAGUUUAAUGUGACGUCAUAACAAAACAUUGAUGAAAUGAUUGCAUACUUUUAUGAAUAAAAUUGAAUCAUUUUUAUUGAAUUAUCACUAUUUUGUAUGGAUACAACA